AAAGCCCUUAGUCUCCAAGUAUGGUAGAAGGUACCACUGCCGAUCAGGAUUUGUUAUCAGUCAUGCUGCAGAGGACUUCUUUGAACCUCCCAUAUCGGGGGAUAACUUGCAGCCCAAACCGUAUCUUGUUAAGCAUCAGAUGAUCCAAAUGGGAGAGAGGUCAUACGUGUGCUCCGAGUGUGGCAAGAGCUUCCAUCUGAGAUCGAACCUGAUGAGACAUCAGAAGGUUCAUACUGGCGAGAAUCCUUACGAAUGUCCCGUGUGUGGGAAAAGCUUCACAUCCCGAGGAGCUGUCAUGGUCCAUCAGAUAAUCCACACUGGGGAGAAACCAUUUGGAUGCCGGCAGUGCGGGAAAUGGUUCAACCAGAGAACAAAUCUCUUGAGACACCAGAGGAUCCACACUGGAGAAAAAGUGCACGAAUGUCCCAAGUGUGGGAAAAACUUUUACCGGAGAGAUAAACUAACUCAACAUCAGAGAAUUCAUACAAGGGAAAAACGAUACGAAUGCCCCGAGUGUGGGAAAAGCUUUAUUCAUAAGGAGAAGUUCCUGCGACACCAGAGAAUUCAUCGAGGCUUUUAAUGGUGUUUAUGCUCAGAGGAUAACACAACAUCACCUUGCGAAUCAUCAAUGAAAAGUU